AUGGCCACAACGACAACGACGGCUUCCGCCAUGGCCUCGGCCUCAACCUCCGGUAUUGAGCUCCGUCCCCUCCCGGCCCAAAAUACCCUAAAACAAUACCCCAUUCCGUCAACCCAGCCAGCAGCGGAUGACGACGACCCCAUCCUCCGUGCCUCGCGCGAGGCCGACACUGCCGUGCCCGAGGGCGGUUACGGCUGGGUCGUCGUGACGGGCUGCUUCGUCAUCGCUUGGUGGAUUAUCGGCACCACCUACUCGUGGGGCGUCAUCCAGAGUGCCCUCAUCGAAGAUGGCCUCGGGACCCCCGCCGUGCUCUCCUUUGUAGGCUCCCUCGCCACCGUCUUGAUCUCGGCCUUGGCCAUUGUCAACUCGCGCGUCAUGAGACGGAUCGGCCCGCGCAACACGGGGUUGGUGGGCAUCACGCUGUUGGGCGUCAGUGAGCUUCUCAGCAGUUUUGCAGUGACCAACGUCGGUGCUUUGUUCGCGACGAGCGGCAUUAUUACGGGCUUGGGCACAAGUUUGUGUUUCUCAGUUGUCACCGUGAUGCCAGCACAAUACUUUAGCCGCAAGCGUGGCCUGGCGAACGGCAUCGUGUUCGCCGGCGGCGGUUUCGGCGGCGCAGUAAACAGCUUUGCCUUGGACGCUCUCCUCAACCGACUGGGCCCGGCAUGGGCGUACCGUGUUCUCGCCCUGGUCACCUUGGCCACAGGGCUUCCGGCCGCUUGGCUUAUCAAAGAGCGUGUUCCUGUUCGGGGCUCCGGCUUCGUUGAAUGGCGUCUCUUCAAAUCCUUCACUUUUCUCAUCGUCUUCCUCGCUGGCGCGGUCGGCACAUUCCCCCUCUUCGUCCCGCCCUUCUUCCUCCCUUUGUACUCCAAGUCCAUCGGUUUCUCCUCAUCGACGGGCGCAGGCCUGCUUGCGGCCUUCAACUUCUCCUCAGCCGUUGGGCGCAUCUGUUGCGGCACCCUUUGCGAUGCUUUUGGUGCACUCAACGUCCUGUUGGCUUCGCUAGCGUUGUCGGCCAUUAGCAUGUUGGCCAUCUGGCCUGCGUCGACGACGCUGAGCCCCAUGAUCGUUUUCGUUGUGGUCAACGGUAUCUCCAAUGGCGGUUUCUUCUCAACCAUGCCCACGGUGGUAGGGAACGUGUUCGGAUCUGCGAGGGUGUCGGUUGCGAUGAGCAUGAUCGUUACCGGCUGGGCAGGAGGAUAUCUCAUGGGUGCACCGAUUGCUGGUUACCUCCUGGAGGCAUACGGGGGCGCGGAUAACGGUCUCCAAGCGUACCGUCCUGCCAUGUUCUAUGCUGGGUCAUUGUCAUUGGCGGCAUCGGGGCUUGUCGCUCUGGUUAGGUUCCGGCUAAACCAUAGCAUUUGGGCGAGGGUUUGA